AUGGGGUCCUUACCGGUCCGGACGAGCUUCGAUGUGGAAGACGUUCUCUCGAAGCUGAACACGGCAGAGAAAGUUGCCCUGUUGUCCGGAAUUGACUUUUGGCACACUGCUCCUGUACAUCGACUGGGCGUGCCAUCCAUUCGGGUAUCCGACGGCCCUAAUGGUGUUCGUGGAACUCGCUUUUUCAACGGCGUUCCAGCUGCCUGUCUUCCUUGUGGAACGGGACUUGCAGCAACAUGGGACACCAAGCUUGUCGGGAAAGGCGGAGCAUUACAGGGUGCUGAGGCCAUCGCCAAAGGAGCCUCCGUUAUUCUAGGUCCAACCACAAACAUGCAAAGAUCACCGCUGGGCGGUCGUGGGUUUGAGAGCUUUAGCGAAGACCCAUAUCUUGCUGGUACCAUGAGUGCAGCAACCAUCAACGGCAUCCAGUCGACUGGCGUUGCUGCCACAAUCAAGCACUACGUCUGCAACGACCAAGAGGACCAAAGACAAGCCGUCGACAGCAUUUUGACGGAACGAGCACUACGAGAGAUCUAUCUAAUGCCCUUCAUGAUUGCACAGAGAGACUCGAAGCCAGACUGCUACAUGACUGCUUACAACAAGGUCAAUGGUACACAUGCGAGUGAGAACCCACGGCUGAUCAAGGAUGUUCUACGUGGUGAAUGGGGCUUUGACGGGCUGACCAUGAGUGACUGGUUUGGGACUUACUCAACCACCGAGGCCAUCAAAGCAGGUCUCGACCUGGAGAUGCCGGGCCCUACCUAUAUCCGUGGACAAUUGAUCAAUCAAGCCCUCGGUUGUGGCAAGCUUACGUUGCAUGACGUUGAUCAAAGAGUACGUGAAAUACUUAAGCUAGUUAAGAAGGUCGAACCUCUUGGUAUCCCAGAGAACGCACCCGAGACCACGGUGGACUCUCCCGAGACAUCUGCUCUUCUUCGUUCGCUCGCAUCCAACGGAAUCGUCCUGAUGAAAAACGACAACAACAUUUUGCCGUUCGAGAAACAGAAAACUACAGCCAUCAUUGGUCCCAACGCCGCUUAUGCAGCCUACUGUGGUGGCGGAUCAGCGUCACUGUUGCCAUACUACGCUGUCAGCCCCCUUGAUGGAAUCCGGAAACAGGUGCCUGACGCGAAAUAUGCUCUGGGUGCACCGGGCUGGAAAGCGCUUCCCCUCAUGACGCGGUUGACCAAGACCAAGCAGAAUGAGGAUGGGUUGACAAUGAGAGUCUUUUUGGAGCCCGCCACUGUGCCCAAUCGCCGGGCGAUUGAUGAGGUCUUUGUCAACAAGUCGGAUAUUCUCUUGGUCGAUUACAAACACCCCCUGAUCAAGUCAUCGCUCUAUUGGCUCGAACUGGAUGGCACGUUCACGCCCGAGGAGACCACCGACUAUGACUUCAGUCUGUGCUGCGCGGGCACGGGCAAAGUCUUUGUGAAUGGAGAAUGUGUUGUUGACAAUGAGACCCACCAACGCCCGGGUAACUCUUUCUUUGGCGCCGGCACCGCAGAGGAGAUCGGAAGGAAGAGAUUAGAAAAGGGAGAGACAUACGACAUCAAGGUCACCUUCGGCACGCUCCCCACCAUGACGUUCAGCAGUCCCGGUACGACCGGUUUUGGUGCGGGAGGACUGCGGGUGGGACUCGAGCGCAAAGCCGAAAUCAAGACAGAAAUUGAAAAAGCUGUGCAGCUGGCGAAAGAAGUCGACCAAGUUAUUCUGUGCGCCGGUCUGAACAGUGAGUGGGAAUCAGAAGGCUACGACCGGGAACAUAUGGACCUGCCACCCGGCAGUGACAGUCUCAUCAAGGCCGUCCUCGCCGUCAACCCCAACACGGCCAUCGUGAUCCAAUCUGGAACCCCCGUCACCAUGCCUUGGCUGAAAAAUGCACCCGCGGUGCUUCAAGCUUGGUACGGCGGCAACGAGACCGGCAACGCCAUUGCGGACGUGAUCUUCGCCAACACCAACCCCAGCGGCAAACUGCCCCUGAGCUUCCCCGUCAGGAACGAAGACAACCCGGCGUUCCUGAACUACAAGUCCGAACGCAACCGAGCCAUCUACGGCGAAGACGUCUACAUCGGAUACCGGUUCUACGAAAAGACCAAGAAAGAAGUCGCCUUCCCAUUCGGCCACGGCCUCAGCUACACGACCUUUGAGAUCACGGACGUGUCCGUCCGCGACGACGACGUCGAGAUCGCGGUCUCAGCCACGGUCGCCAACACCGGCACGCGGGACGGCGCACAGGUCGUCCAAGUCUACGUCUCGCAACACCACCCGAGCGUCAACCGACCUCCGAAGGAACUGAAGGGCUUCAGCAAAGUCUUUGUGAAGGCCGGGGACAGCGAGAAGGUCGAGAUCGUCGUCUCCAAGAAGUACGCCACGAGUUUCUGGGACGAAGCGCGGGACGCGUGGGUCAUGGAGAAAGACACCUUUGACGUCCUGGUCGGCGACUCCAGUGCCCACACGCCGCUCAAGGCGCAGAUUCGCGUCAACCAGACGGCCUGGUGGCGGGGCCUGUAG